CCACGGGGUGGGGGCUCCUCGGAAAAAGCGGGAGGCGAACGAGCGAGCCAGCCCGAACAGCGACACAGGCAGCUGAAUGAAUCCCGCGUUCGAAUUCAUCAUCAAUUCGGCAUUGCUUCCCCUGCUCCCCCAGCCUACCAACCAACUCGCACGGAGAGCUUUGACCUCCGCUCCGAGAGCUCAGCCAGCAGCUCGCCUCCUCCUCCACGCCACGCGGCUGUAUUUAUAGCGCUCCUCCUCCGCCUGACCGCCUCCAGCUAGGGAGGAGAGGGCGAGAGGGGAAGAGGACAAGCAGGUCAAUGUGCGAGCAUACCGACAGCGCCGGAGGAGGAAGAAGGAGGAGCUGAGCGAUAGGAUACAGACAACAAGGAGGACGACGACGACACCUCCUCCUCGUGCUACCAAGGAAUAAUCCGAGGUCGGUCCAUGGCUUCUAGCUGCGGCAGCAAGGAUCCCAGGGUCCCAAUCAUUGCCUCCCUUGUCCCCUUCCUGCUGCUGUUCAUCGUCUCGUGCGCCGCCGCCUUGGCCUCCGCGAAGAAGGACGGCGGCAAGGGCGCGCGGGCGCAGGCGCUGUUCUGUGCCGGGGAUGAGCGAGCAGCGUACAGGAGGAUCAUGUCCCGGAUGGCCAGGAUGGAGAAGGAUUCGAACAAGACAAUCCAGAGCCCCGACGGUGACAUCAUCCACUGCGUGCCGUCGCACCGGCAGCCGGCGUUCGACCACCCCAAGCUCAGAGGCCAGAAGCCCGAGGAUGAGCCCCUGGCGAGGCCCAUGCUCAAGGGCGGCGCUGCUGCCGAGGAGGAGGAGGCCGUGCUCUUCCCGCAGGCGUGGAGCGACGGCGGCGAGCGGUGCCCCGAGGGGACGGUGCCGAUACGGCGGACGACGGCGCAGGACGUGCUGCGGGCCAGCUCCGCCCUCCGGUUCGGGAUGAAGCCCCGCGCCAGCAACGCCCGCCGCGACUCCACCAGCAGCGGCCAUGAGCACGCGGUGGGGUACGUGACGGGGGACCAGUUCUACGGCGCCAAGGCGAGCCUGAACGUGUGGUCGGCCAGGGUGGCGUCGGCGGCGGAGUUCAGCCUCUCCCAGAUCUGGGUCAUCUCCGGCUCCUUCGGCAACGACCUCAACACCAUCGAGGCCGGAUGGCAGGUCAGCCCUGAGCUGUAUGGAGAUAGCAACCCAAGGUUCUUCACGUACUGGACGACCGACGCAUACCAGGAGACUGGGUGCUACAACCUGCACUGCUCCGGCUUCGUCCAGACCAACAACCGGAUCGCCAUCGGAGCUGCCAUCUCGCCGACCUCCGUCUACAACGGCCGCCAGUUCGACAUCAGCCUGCUCAUAUGGAAGGACCCACACCGCGGCAACUGGUGGCUGCAGCUGGGGUCGGGCCCGCUGGUGGGGUACUGGCCGUCGUUCCUGUUCACGCACCUGGGCGCGCACGCCAACAUGGUGCAGUUCGGCGGCGAGGUGGUGAACUCGCGCCCGUCGGGGUCGCACACGCCCACCCAGAUGGGGAGCGGCCACUUCCCGCGGGAGGGGUUCAACCGCGCCGCCUACUUCCGCAACGUCCAGGUGGUGGACGGCGACAACAGCCUCGUCCCCGCCGCCGCGCUCCGGCUCGUCGCCGACCACCCGGGCUGCUACGACAUCCGCGGCGGCUACAACCGCGCCUGGGGGAACUACUUCUACUACGGCGGGCCCGGCAGGAACGUCCACUGCCCGUAGUACCCUAAACCAUGGCGCAGAAAUUAAAGCAGAUACUACAUAGAAGAUACAGAGGACGAAGAAGUGGUCGCCGGCCGUGGAUGCCGCCGGAGUUCGACCACCGCCGGUCAACCAGAUACUGGUUGUAGCAUCGGUGCUAGCUAGCAAGUUGAUUAAUUACCACUGAUAAUUUUGAGCCCAGCUACGUGCGGGCGAGUAGUAGGGCCAAAAAGGUUUCUAGUGUUGACGAAUGCGAGGCUUCGUUGGUUUCAUCUGAUUUUUUUUUUCUUGAGUGAUGUAUACAUGAAGGAAUCCAUAAAGAGUGUUUUGAUCUCCUAAUCUGCAUCACAUGUAUAGCACGACCCAUAUGCCCAUUUACACUGUUUUUCUGUCGUGUGCCCUAAUU